AUGAGUUGCUACCAGAUGUUGACCAAAAGUUUUGUGUUAUGUAAACAUUCAAAUGCUUGGGAAAAAAUUAUGCAUGAAAUGAAAAGUGUUAAUGAAGAGGCAUUCAAGCACCUUUGGAAGAUUCCACCAAGGUUUUGGAGCAAAUCAAGGUUUAGAACUAGUCCAAGGUGUGAUACUUUGGUGAACAACAUGUCAUAUGCCUUCAAAUUAGUAUCUAUAGCUACAAGAGCCAAGCCUAUUAUGACUAUGCUUGAAGAGAUAAGAGUGUACCUGAUGCAAAUAUGGGAAUCCAACAGACAAAAGAUUUCCAAAUUUGAUGAUACCAUUCAGCCAAAUAUCAAAAAGAAUAUAGAAAAGGAAUCACAAAGAACAAACAAUUGGAUUGUUAGGUGGAUGCUGACAUGGCUAUCGUGCUGUCAUGCAAUUUCAUGUAUGAAAGACCAUCAUUUACAAGUAGAUGAUUUUGUGCCUAAUUAUUACAAAAAGGAGUGCUACGAGGCUUGCUAUGCACUAGUGAUUUAUCAAGUUAAUGGAGAAUCUCUUUGGACAAAAACAAAUGUUGUUGACCUUUAA